UUUUGUUUUAGUCAACAGUGAAGCAAACAGUCGCCGUAUAGCUGAUGCCGAACGUUGCUUUGGUGCUUCAGGCCAGCCUCUUGCUAUUCCGGGUCGCGCGUUGGUUGGCGAGGGUGUUCUGAUGAAGAUGUGUCGCAAGCGGGCGAAGUCGCGUCAGUUUUAUCUCUUCAACGACAUCCUCGUUUAUGGAAACAUCGUCAUUCCGAAGCGGAAGUUCAACAAGCAGCACAUUAUUCCGCUGGACACUGUCCAGUUGGAAGACCUGCCAGAUGACGACGCGAUGCAUGAUCUUAAAGACGGCUGGCUGAUUCGCACGCCAACCAAAUCCUUUGCGGUCUACGCGGCGAAUAGCAACGAGAAGCGCCAAUGGAUGACCCAUAUCGACCGUUGUAUCAAAGAUUUGCUUUCUAAAAGCGGGAAAGCACCAGUAACAGAACAUGCUGCAGUAUGGGUUCCAGACAGCGACGCACCCGUUUGCAUGAUUUGUCGAAAAACCGAAUUUACCGUGUUUCAGAGGCGUCAUCACUGUCGGAAAUGUGGUGCAGUGGUAUGCGGCGCCUGUUCAAAUAAGCGAUUUCUGUUGCCUCAUCAGUCAAACAAACCUUUGCGUGUUUGUGUAACUUGUUACGAGAACUUGACCGAAGGUUCCAAAGGAACGAGCCUGAGCAACUCUAGCUUGCAUCAAGGGAAUGAGGGUAAGUUUCCAAACAACGAAUCAAGUGGAGAAGAAGACAGCGACGAAGAGGACGAUGUUUCACAUGUUCCACACGUGCCACCUGAUCAGGUAAUUGCGUCUUAUUACUUAUGA